CGCUAUAGGAAUACAAUGUCCAACGGGAGACUGCCAAGACCUGUCAUCCUGUCAGUGUUGAUUCUGCUAAGAGCUGUCACUGGAUUCCCUGGAGACGGAAGAGCUAUAUGGUCUAAAAAUCCUCACUUGAGUCCGGUAAAUGAAAAUCAGCUGUUUCUCUAUGACACUUUCCCUGAAAACUUUUUCUGGGGUGUUGGGACUGGAGCUUUCCAAGUGGAAGGGAGUUGGAAGGAGGAUGGAAAAGGACCCUCCAUAUGGGAUCAUUUCAUCAGCACACACCUCAAGAAUGUCAGCGGUGACAAUGGUUCCAGUGACAGUUAUAUUUUUCUGGAAAAAGACUUAUCGGCCCUGGAUUUUCUAGGAGUUUCUUUUUAUCAAUUUUCAAUUUCCUGGCCAAGGCUCUUCCCUGAUGGGACAGUAGCCCUUGCCAACGCAAAAGGUCUCCAGUACUAUAAUAGUCUUUUAGAUGCUCUGGUGCUUAGAAAUAUUGAACCUGUAGUUACUCUGUACCACUGGGAUUUGCCUUUGAUGCUACAAGAAAAAUACGGAGGGUGGAAAAAUGAUACCAUGAUAGACAUCUUCAACGACUAUGCCACAUACUGUUUCCAGACGUUUGGAGAUCGUGUCAAAUAUUGGAUCACAAUUCACAACCCGUAUCUAGUUGCUUGGCAUGGAUAUGGGACAGGUAUGCAUGCUCCUGGCAAGAAGGGAAAUUUAGCAGCUGUCUACACUGUGGGCCACAACCUCAUCAAGGCACAUGCAAAAGUUUGGCAUAACUACAACACACAUUUCCGCCCACAGCAGAAGGGCUGGGUAUCGAUCACGCUGGGAUCCCACUGGAUUGAGCCCAAUCGAUCGAACAACAUGGUAGAUAUACUCAAAUGCCAACAGUCCAUGGCUUCUGUGCUCGGAUGGUUUGCCAGCCCUAUCCACGGGGAUGGUGACUACCUGGAGGGCAUGAAGCAGAGGCUGCUCUCUGUUCUGCCCCUGUUCUCUGACGCCGAGAAGGAUGAGGUGAGAGGUACAGCUGACUUCUUUGCCUUUUCCUUUGGACCCAACAAUUUCAAGCCCCUGAACACGAUGGCUAAGAUGGGGCAAAAUGUGUCACUCAACUUGAGAGAGGUGCUGAACUGGAUCAAACUGGAAUAUGGCAACCCUCGAAUCCUGAUUGCUGAGAACGGCUGGUUCACAGACAGUCAUGUGAAAACAGAGGACACCACGGUCAUCUACAUGAUGAAGAACUUCCUCAACCAGGUGCUCCAAGCAAUAAGGUUGGAUGACGUGCAAGUCUUUGGUUACACCGCCUGGUCUCUCCUGGAUGGCUUUGAAUGGCAAGAUGCUUACACCAUCCGCCGAGGAUUAUUUUACCUGGAUUUUAACAGCAAACAGAAAGAAAGGAAACCCAAGUCUUCGGCCCAUUACUAUAAGCAGAUCAUACGAGAAAAUGGUUUUACUUUAAAAGAGUCCACGCCAGACAUUCAGGGUCAGUUUCCCUGUGACUUCUCCUGGGGUGUCACUGAAUCCGUUCUGAAGCUACGGGGACCCCGAGCGGCCGCGGGCAGCUGGGACGACCGCGCGCAUCGGUCCCUUCCAGUCCCACCCGGAUCCCGGGCCUGCGGCUGCCGCCCGACUCCCCUGCUCCGCCCUCCCAGCUCCGCGGGGUCGCCCCGCCGACUUCACCUAGCCCGAAGCCGGGGCCCCCUGCGCUCGCCCGCGGCUCGCUCCUGGACUGCCGCCGCCGGGGGGACCCCGACCGCGACAACUGACUCAGGAGGCCACACGACACCUAAGGCGCGCUCCGGCCCCGCGGCGCUCCACGGCCGGUCCCGGCAGACGGGGACAACACCCGCUCGCAAACGCGCGGCGCCCGCGUACCGGCGGCCAUGCUGCUCGGGGAGAAACGCGCGGGGCCCAGCAUGCCUUGCGCCGCCGUCACGUCCUCUCCCAGCAUCCCCCGCGGCGUGGGCCCUCUUGGGGCUUCGCGGGGCGGGUCCCGGUCCCGGGGCCGAGCUUUUCCGUGGCCUGGGCUCCCCCACCCGCCUGGCCGUGGUCCCCUGGGGGCAGCGCAGGCUGCUGCGCUGGGUGCGGGACAACUACGGCGACGUGGACGUGUACCUCACGGCCAACGGCGUCGACGACCCGUCCCUGGAGGACGACCAGCUGCGGAAGUACUACCUGGAGAAGUACGUCCAGGAGGCGCUGAAAGCAUACCUGAUUGAUAAAGUCAAAAUCAAAGGCUAUUAUGCAUUCAAACUGACUGAAGAAAAGUCUAAACCCAGAUUUGGAUUCUUCACAUCUGACCUGAAAGCUAAAUCCUCAGUACAGUUUUACAACAAACUGAUCAGCAGCAACGGCUUCCCUUCCGAGAACAGCGGUCCUAGAUGUGGUCAGAUCCCAGCACACACGGAGUGCGCAAUCUGCUUGUUCCUUGCACAGAAGAAGCCACUGAUCUUCCUGACUUGUUGCUUCUUCUCCACUUUGGUUCUCCUUCUGUCAAUUACCAUUUUUCAUCAGCAAAAGAGAAGAAAAUUUUGGAAAACAAAGAACUUACAACACAUACCUUUAAAGAAAGGCCAUGAGAGAGUUCUUAGUUAA